AUGGACCGGCUGAAUCGAAUGCCUGGCCCGUCCAACGCCCAGCCAUCGUCUCUCCGGGGCCUCCCCGAGAACCCUGCUCAUGGACGACGACCUGUACCGAAUUCCGCUGCGACAUCCAACGGCCCUCCGCCGCCUCUCCCGCCCGUGCCGAACCUUCGCAAUGCUUCUUCCAACGCGACGCUGUCGGCCUCGAGCUCGAUGACGCCAUCGCAGGUCAUAUCUCUCGCCCGCGAGGCGAUGCGGAACGCUCUCGAAAGUGAGAAAAGCCAAGCCGCGGAAGCCGGAGCCGUUGCGCCGGGGCUGCGGUCCGGCGUGACCAUCGAUCUGAGCCGCAAGAACAUCCACAAAUUGCCAGAGGAGGUCGUGGAUAUUGUCAAAGAUGAGCUGGAACGACUCGCCUUGUCGCAUAAUCAGCUCUCAUCUCUUCCAGCCCGCUUUUCCGAAUGCACGUCACUGCGAUACCUCAACAUCAGGGGGAACCAAAUCAAAGAAUUUCCUUUGCCGUUAUGCGGGCUGAAGUCCCUCGAGAUCCUCGACCUCGGUCGCAACCAGCUACGAGUCCUGCCCAACGAUAUUGUCAAUCUAUCGUCGCUUAAAGUCCUCUCCAUACCGAAAAAUCAGAUCCGGGAGCUCCCCCUCUGCCUUGCCGACAUGGUCUCGCUCCAGGUGCUAAAGCUCGAGGGUAAUCCGAUUAGCUUUCCGCCCAAGGAUGCCAUUCAACCGCAAACCGGAAGCCCACCCAACGACGGAGGUUCAAGGGACACGGAGGUUACGGAUGUGGCCGUGACUGCGCUCAUCAAAAAGUUCUUGCGCCAGUAUGCGAUCAACGGACGCAUGGAGGCGGAGGGUACGGGCGACGAGUCCAGCGAAGGUGCUGAGACGCCACGAUUUCCACUCAAGCGAGCCGCAAGUGGCCGCUUCCCUAUCAAGAUCAGCGGCUCUGAUGUCACCGAUAUGCGAUCGCCAAACGCGGCAUCACGACCACCGCCCAUUCCCUCUAGGUCCCACUACCGGGGCCUGUCGCAACAAAGCACGUCCAACCGUCGACCCGGUGUCAUGCCCUUGACCAUUGGCAACGUCAACGAGAGGCUUCGUAGUAACUCCGAGUCCUUGCUCCGGUCCGACAGGCCUGAUGGACGGAACCGACGCAUGGGAGUUGUAACGAGGAAGACGUCCGAACUCGGAACCCUGGACGAGACGCAGGCCAAUGUGCGAUUCAGCCACUAUCGCGGCUUGAGCCAUGGCUCAGCGAUGCAGGGCAAUCCGCCCGUGACCAAGAGCCCCGCGACACCCACCGAGCCACACAUGCAGCCGCCCACGUACAUCCGGCGGCUCUCGGUGCUUCCCGAACGCCGACGCGAAUCGAAGAUCUUCGACCCUAUAAUCGAAGCGGCAAAGGGAAUUCUUUACUCUGUCUUCCAAAUACACCCGAUGAUACAGGCGCUCAUGACACUGACCAACGACGGGUCUGCGAAAAGAUCAAGCCUGGAAAUCGUUGUCUACAAUACUAAUUCUCACGUUUUGGAACUGGAAGAGGAGGUUCAGAAGCAUGAUGCAGCCGUGGCUGAAGGUGAUGAGUACGCGACGCGUGAAAACGAGCACGUCCUGCGGGCAUGUCAGACGCUUGUCGGCGCGUAUGGGCACGUCUGUACGCUCUUGGCGGACAACAUCGAUACAUUUGUGGACAACGGAGACGCCCGCUAUAUUCGAACGCUCCUGAUGUGCCUUUACAACAGUAUCAUGGAGCUCCGCGUGACGUUGGCGUCAGUCACCGCGGAGCAGGCCAAGCUCCGGCACUCGAACCGGCAGAGCUUGGAUAACACCAACAACACUAUACGCCCCUACCACCGAGAGCCGACAGCGACUCCAACGGCAGAGCGACCAGGUUUCGCGCGGCACCGUAAUGGUACCGUCGUACAUAACCCUGCGAAUCUGAGGGUCGCCACAAACGUUCCCGUCCCGCAGCUCAACGGAGGUGGUCGAACCGCAAUCAUGACGUCGGCGACUCCUCGAUCGGGCGAGUCGUUCCCGUCCAUCCAUAGCCGGGACAUCAGUAUCAACUUCUCAGACGAUGAUGCGCAGUUUGACCGAAUUUACCUGUCCCUGCAGAAGUCAAUCGACGUGGUCCUCCGCACGCUGCCCAACUUUCAUGUACAGUUGACGGGCGGCUUGAGGCAUGCCGUUGCGUACCGCGCGCCGGCCACGGCGCUGGGACAGUGGAAGGCGUUGACCGGCAGCGUCAACGCGACGAUACAGCAAACAGAGAUUUUGCGGAACAAGCUGUCGCUGAUCAAGCUCAAGGACCCGAAUGCCCGGGCGCAACCAAGCCUAUGGAGACAAUGUUUCGAGUUCGUCCAGGCAUGGCUAGCCGUGCUGUCCCUUUUGCACUACAUGGAUGGCAACAACGCGAUCCCGCUACCGCCUGACACGAAGACUAGACUACGGCCGGUACAGCAGAGCAUCAGGGAGACCUCCAACGCCAUUUCACAGUCGCCCUGGAACGACCUAUUUCAGCCGCCAGACAGCCACACCCGCCUCGGAGGUGCCUAUUCGUCUCAAAGCGCUUCACCGACGCAGGCGCAGCUACCAAUCACCCCGCAGAGCGCGGCACUAGGUCCCGCCAUGCAAGCGACCGUGCCGACGACGCCUCAUAGCGCGGCCUUUGCGGCUGCGUUCCAUGGGAAUGUCUUCGAUCGAGCAGAUGCACUGAUCGCAAACCCGGGCAUCUCCAUGUCGCGAAGCGGAACCAUGACCCGGGGCCACUCUGGCUUCAACUCGCUGUCGUCCAUUUCAUCGAUGUCGUCGGAUGGCAACGGGCCGCCGCCGUCGGUAGCCUUCAGCCCCAAUAGCGGACUGGGGCUCGUGCCUCCACGCAUGAACGGCAGCAGGGUGGCCAUUUAG